AUGUCUGAACAGCGGUCCAGCGAACCUCGCAUCAGGUCUCAUAAGAGAAGUACUGCACACCGCAGACGUCGCGAUGAUGACGACUUUGACGAGCGAUGGGGCGAUGAGGAGAUUGUGGAAGACGAAGGACAAGGCACAGAAGACGAUUUCGUGGAAUCCUCGUCCAAACGGGUAAAACUUUCUGAUGGCUCGGCGUCGCACCGAUCGAGGAAUCAUACACCUCCGGAAACGGAUGAAGAGCGAGCGCAGAGGGAAAGAGAAAAGGAUGCGAGAGAACGAGAUGAGUUUGCGCAGCGGUUGGCAAAACGGGAUGAAGAACGGGCAAAGAAAAUCGUCGAGGACAGGUCCGCCGCCAAGGACAGUGCGACUGCUCAGCGACGAGCAUUGGCCGAUGAUGCAGCGGCAAGAGAUGCCGCGAUGCCGGAUCUGAGACUACGCUCCAGACAGGACUACCUGAAGAAGAGAGAGGCGGAAAGACUGGCUCUCUUGCGCAAGCAAGUCGCCGAGGAGCAAGCGGAACUCAGGGACAAUCCGGACCUGUCUCGGCGAGAAAAGGAGGAAUUUGCGCGCAACAAGGAGAUUCUGCGCCUUGCCGAAGAGAGGCUGGCGAUCGAUGAUCACCUCGACGGUUAUGCUCUCCCCGAGGACUACAUCACAGAAAAAGGCAAGAUUGACAAACGUAAAAAGGAGCAGGCUCUGUACCAGCGGUAUGUCGAUCGAGAUGAAGCCGGAAGAGAACGAUACGUUACCGAGCACGAGGAGUGGGAGAAAGAGCAGACCAGGAGAGCCGAAGCCCAAGUCAAAAGAGCCGAAUAUGUCGACGAGGGCGAGUACACUUAUGUAUUCGACGAGAGCCAGCAAAUGAAGUUCAUAUUAUCCGACACCUUGGAAGGAGACAAAGGCAUGAGCCGGGAACAGAGGGAGAUGCAGCAGAGGCUAAGCGCGGCUGAAGCGAAGGCCAAAAGCAUCGAAGAAACGAGGAAGAGCCUGCCCAUCUAUCAAUUCCGGGAUCAGAUCAUUCAGGCCGUUAAGGAUCAUCAAGUUCUGAUCAUUGUGGGUGAAACAGGAAGCGGGAAGACAACACAGCUCCCGCAGUACCUCCAUGAGGCCGGCUUCACGAAAGGCGGCAUGAAGAUUGGGUGCACACAGCCCCGGAGAGUGGCUGCUAUGUCAGUCGCCGCAAGAGUAGCAGAGGAAAUGGGCAAGCGGCUGGGAAACGAAGUCGGCUACGCCAUUCGGUUCGAGGACAACACCAGUGAGAAAACCGUGCUGAAGUAUAUGACGGACGGUAUGCUGCUGAGAGAACUCCUGACGGACCCUGAACUGUCCCAGUAUUCGGCACUUAUGAUUGACGAGGCGCAUGAACGGACAGUGAGUACCGACAUCGCAUGUGGGCUGCUAAAAGACAUUGCACGAGCGAGACCCGAUCUGAAACUUCUGAUAUCCUCCGCCACAAUGGACGCGAGGAAGUUUCAGAAAUACUUCGAUGACGCACCAAUUUUCAAUAUUCCAGGCAGGAGAUAUGCAGUGGACAUACACUAUACGGCGCAACCGGAAGCCAACUAUCUGGCUGCUGCUAUCACCACGGUCUUCCAAAUCCACAUCACGCAGGGAGCAGGAGAUAUCCUUGUUUUCCUAACCGGGCAAGAGGAGAUCGAAGCGAUGGAGGCCAGUCUACAAGAGACAGCUCGCAAACUAGGGAGCAAAAUCAAGGAGAUGAUCAUCUGCCCCAUUUAUGCCAACUUGCCAACAGAUUUGCAAGCCAAGAUUUUUGAGCCAACACCCGCAGGAGCAAGGAAGGUGGUUCUAGCCACCAAUAUCGCGGAAACAUCACUGACCAUUGAUGGUAUCGUCUACGUCAUUGAUCCAGGCUUUGUCAAAGAGAAUCAGUACAAUCCUCGGACGGGCAUGGAGUCGUUGGUCGUUGUCCCCUGUAGUCGGGCUUCAGCUGGCCAACGCGCUGGUCGUGCUGGUCGAGUUGGUCCGGGCAAAUGCUUUCGGCUUUAUACCGCUCAAGCCUAUAAGAAUGAACUCGAAGAAAACACAACUCCCGAGAUACAGAGAACAAACCUCUCUGGGGUUAUUCUCCUGUUGAAGAGUCUUGGAAUCAACGAUCUUCUCGACUUCGACUUCAUGGAUCCUCCUUCCACUGACACCAUUGUCCGUGCGGUAGAGCAGCUGUACGCGCUGGGCGCCUUGAACAAUGCCGGGGAGCUGACCAAGGUCGGUCGCCAAAUGGCAGAGUUCCCCACCGACCCCAUGCUCGCGCGCGCAAUCCUUGCGGCAGACAAAUACGGAUGCGUAGAAGAGGUCCUCUCCAUUAUCGCAAUGCUUGGAGAAGCAUCAGCACUCUUCUUCCGACCCAAAGACAAGAAAAUCCACGCCGACAGUGCCAGGGCCAGAUUCACCAACAAGGACGGUGGCGAUCACCUUUCACUGCUGAACAUCUUCAAUGAAUGGGUUGAUUCGGACUACAGUUUUGUGUGGGCCAAGGAAAACUUUCUACAACAGCGAAGCUUGACUCGAGCGCGUGACGUCCGCGACCAACUCGCAAGGCUAUGCGACCGGGUCGAGGUGGAUGCCAGUAAGACUUGUGGCGCCGCAUCAAACAUUGAACCGAUCCAGAAGGCCAUUACUGCAGGGUUCUUUCCUCAUUCAGCCCGACUUCAGCGAGACGGCCAGAGUUACCGCACUGUCAAGAACGGGCAAGUCGUUUACAUCCAUCCCUCAGGCGUGCUCAUGGAGAGUCGACCGAAGUGGGUCAUCUACCACGAACUGGUGCUGACGAGCAAGGAGUACAUGCGCAGUUGCAUGCCCUUGAAACCGGAGUGGUUGAUUGAAGUCGCGCCACAUUAUUACAAGAAGCAGGAUUUGGAGAGCCUGGGCGUGGAGAGGAAAGUACCCAGGGGCGAAGGCAAGGCACAAAGUAAGAUAUGA